GACAACUGGGAAACGGUGGAACACAGAAUCAGCUGAUACCACUUCCCAUGAAAUUGUCAUCAAAUGAAGAACUCAAGUUUGAAAGCCAUACCUCAGAAAAUGAGUUAAUAAUAAUUGCUGGAGGAAAUCAAAGCAUUUUGCUCUGGAUGAAAAAAGAGAAUUCAUACAUUAAUCUGAAAAGGAAAAUUCCUACAUUGAAUGAAGGGACUGUGAAGAGAUGGAUCGCUGAUGUGGGGACUAAGCAGUGGCAAAAUACAAAAAGGGAAAUCAGAGAGAUAUUUUCAUCUCCUGCAUGUCUGACUGGAAGUUUUGUAAGGGAAAGAAUAGCUGCAGACACCAUGUUUACUCAUUUGGACUUAACUAAAGCAAGAAACACCUUUAAGGAGUUAACCCAGAAAGACUGGAUUACUAAAAUGAUAACUACAUGUCUCAGGGACCAUCUGCUCGGAGCUCUUCCAUGCCGUUCUCCACACCAAGAAGCGUUGUCAGUUUUCCUUCUGCUCCCACAAUGUCCUGUGAUGCACGAUCCUAGGAACUCGGAAAGUCUGGUGGUUCCCUUUGCACAGGCUGUUUGUAAAAUGAGUGACCGAUCUUUACGAGUCCUGAAGCAGUGUUGGGCAUCUUUGCAAGAGUCUUCUCUCAACACACUGGUCCAGAUGCUUAAAUCAGCCAUCAUUGCUCAAAUGAUUUAUUCGGUUGAAACACCUCAGAAUAACUGCAAUCUGAAACCUCUUCUAGAAAUGAUGAAAGAAGUGUAUAAGGUAAACAAAGCUACUUGUCAACUACCAGAGAAUACUUUCAUCAUAAAUGAACUCUCCACUAAGUUGAACUUUAUUGAAGAAAGAAAAAUAAUGUUCCAGAGAGAUAACUACCUGAUAACUGCAGGGAACUUCAGUCCCAUUAUUUUCAGUGAAUUUCCAUUUAUCUUUAAUUUGCUAUCCAAAAUAAAAUUAUGGCAAGCUGAUUCCGUUACGAAAAUACUGGGGUCACAAAUUACACAUAUGUUUUCACCCACAUUUUUACUUCAAGUCAGACGAAGUCACCUAGUUGAUGAUGCUCUGCGUCAAUUAAACCAAGCUGCAGUCACUGACCUUCGGAAAGAAUUGGUGGUACGGUAAAAAGUCUCAUUGGACAUUUUACUAAUGUGGGAGAGAAGCAGUUAUUUAAUGUAGCAAAAGAAGAGCCUGCAUUUGCAAUUAUAGUUAUCAGCCUUAUGAUUUCCAGAAUUCCUUGCUUACCCUUCAGAGAAAAGCAAUGGGACAUUUAGUUGAACAUUGGGAUUAUAAAUUAACUAGUUACCUAUGGCUAUAAUGAACCAUCCCAAAGCUUAAUGACUUAAAAUUACAAUACUUUAUCUGCAGUUCAGUAGAAGAUCUCCUGAUUUAGGGUGAACUUAUCUGGGUGGCUUUGCAGAUUCUGUAUGCACCUGCUGACACGUUUGGGAGUUGGCUAGGGAUGGACUGAUCUAGGCUAGGCCUGUCUGAGGAAGUUUGGCUCUGCUUCCUGUUUUUCAUCUUCUUCCUGGGGCCAGCAAGAUGUUCUUCUCACAACAGUGCCAGAGGUACAAAAUAACAAGCCCAGUCACACAACAAACAUUGCUUUAGUCAAAGCAAGUCCCAUGGCUGAACCCACAUCGAGAGCUGGUGAAAUAUACUCAGCCUCUUUAAAGGGCGGAACUGCAAAGUCACAUGCAAAAGACUUGGGUCAAGGAGGGGCAAAGAAU